GGCUCUGGGCGGAGCGAGCAGCUUGCAGAGCGCAGUGUGUUGCGUUGGAAAGGUAGGGUCUGGUUCCCAGUUUUACUGCCCUCGUCACUCCAGCCGGCACCCAGCGUCAUGGCCCAGCAGCCGCCCGACGUUGAGGAAGACGAUUGUCUUUCUGAAUACCACCACCUCUUCUGCCCGGACCUUCUCCAGGACAAGGUGGCCUUUAUUACGGGUGGUGGCUCUGGGAUUGGCUUCCGGAUCGCUGAGAUUUUCAUGAGGCAUGGCUGCCACACUGUCAUCGCCAGCAGGAGUCUGCCAAGAGUGACCACGGCUGCUAAAAAGCUGGUUGCUGCCACUGGAAAGCGGUGCCUCCCUCUGUCUAUGGACGUCCGAGUUCCCCCAGCUGUCAUGACUGCUGUGGACCAGGCACUGAAGGAGUUUGGCAAAAUCGACAUCCUUAUUAACUGUGCAGCUGGAAACUUCCUGUGCCCUGCCAGCGCCUUGUCUUUCAAUGCCUUUAGGACUGUGGUUGACAUCGACACCAUUGGCACCUUCAAUGUGUCGCGUGUGCUUUAUGAGAAGUUCUUCCGGGACCACGGAGGAGUGAUUGUGAACAUUACUGCCACUCUCAGUAUGCGGGGCCAGGCGCUACAGCUCCAUGCGGGCGCUGCCAAGGCAGCCGUGGAUGCUAUGACACGACACUUGGCUGUGGAGUGGGGUCCCCAAAAUAUCCGUGUCAACAGCCUGGCUCCUGGUCCCAUCAGUGGCACCGAGGGGAUCCGGCGAUUGGGGGGCCCUCAGGACACUUUGAAAUUAAAGGGUCUUUUAAGCCCUCUGCAAAGACUUGGAAACAAGACGGAGAUUGCCCACAGCGUGCUGUACCUGGCCAGCCCUCUGGCUUCCUAUGUCUCAGGGAUUUUGUUGGUGGUUGAUGGUGGCAGCUGGAUGACAUUCCCAAAUGACGUCAAGCGACUGGCAGAGUUUGAAUCUUCCUCUGCUAAGCUCUAGAUAGGAUCCCUUGUAACUCAGGCUAUCUUCAAACACAGCUGAAGAUGAAGAUGAUUUUGCCCUUCUGAUUCUCCUGUCUCUACCUCCCAAGUGUUGAAAUUACAAAAGAGCCAUCACGCCCA